AUCGCAGACGCCAACGGCUGCGCCUGCCUCUGCUCUCUCGCUCCUCGCCCCGUCGCAAGGCGCUGCUGCAGGGCGACAUGGACGCACGAUUGCUAGCGCUGUACGCUCCACAGCGACGCCUCAAGCGUCAAGCACCGAGGCCGCGGCAGGGCGCCGCGCGCCCGGCUCGCUCGGCCAGCGACUGCGCGUAUCCAUGCUAGUCGACCGUUACCGGUUGCCUCAUGAUCUACACGCCGCCGGCAUCCGCACCAUCGCCCCGAUGAUCUCUGCGUCUCGCAACGGCAGCUCACUCCCGCCAGCGCCGCGGCAGCUGCACAUCAGCGUGGACCGAGCCGCGAUGGGCGCACGGCUUUCUCAUCGUCAGGCCGGCCUUGCACGCUUCCCUCUACACCAUCGCAGCUGCAAAUUCCCUCUCGACGGACACCACACUUCUCGCUUGCCCUACUUGCACGCGCCUCUCCGACUACGCCGACCGCGAUGCCGCAUGCCGGCGCGCCGGCGUCCUACUUUCCUCUCCUCUCCUCGCGGCAGACCCUCGUCGAUGACCUGCCGAUCGGCGGCCUGGACGCCGGGGCCAGCCCGCUGCGCACAGAAGUCGCUCCUGCUGCGGGUGCCUCGCCAGCUGUCUCGGCUCUGCCAGCUCCCGUUCCAGCGCUCGCUGUCGGCGACCAGGGCAUGGGGGGCAUCGAGCCGUCUGCGGUAGCGUCGAUGUCCGACCCACCUGCAGCCGAGACGAGCGCUGCUGCAGCAGACCCAGCGGUACCGGGAGCGCCCGCAGCGAAGUCAGAUGGCGGCCACUUUCACAUCCUCUAUCUGGUGCCGCUCUUCGUCAUCGUUGGCCUCUUGCUCUGCUUCGCGCUGGGCGGACGAGCGUGGAGCCGAGUGUGGCACACGCGCGAGGCCGCACACAAGCGCAAGCAGCGCAAGGACGAGCGCCGUGCGCGGCGCGAGCUGGAGCGGGAGCGCGCAGCGACUCGGCGACGCAUGCGCGAGGCGUGGGCCCGCGAUGGCUACGGCGACUUUCCAGGCGGAGCCAGUCCCAUGCUCGGCUCGGACGACCACAGCGAGGACGAAAAGUUGGCGGGGCCGUUGCAUGUGCUGCGUGCCAGUCUGGGGCACUUUGAGCGCGGCGACGCGCCGGCAGCGCGCCAGGCCGUCCGGGGCGGAUGGCUCAGCAGCUCGCUCAAGCACCUGACGGGCUGGCAGGGCGUGUCUGUGCAGGACGACUUUGACUCUGCCGCGACCCGGAGUGGACCCACGGCGGGCCGGCACCAGGCGUCUGGCCUCUCGAGCGCAGCCGCGCCCACAGGGGAAGACGGCCAGCUCUACGCCGGUGGCGCCGCCACGCUGCUCAACUCGACGCGCUUCCGCGGCACAUGGGAGCGCAUCAAGAAGCACUUCACGAGCAACAUCGGGUGGGGCUACAGCGGCAAGGCGCCGGGCAUCUCCACCCGUCGCAGGAUCGUCGCCCAGGCCGCGUCCGAGGACGAGACGCACUACUGGACGCGCAUUCCAUUUACGUCGAUGGCGCCGCCGGUGCUGCCACACGUGCAGUCUGGCCUCCUGCUGCCUCCGCAGCUGCCGGGCACGCUCAGCGGGCGGCCAGCGCUGCGACCGAGCGACGGACCUCUGCCAGCCCGCGCACGCAACCGGUCGCGGUCGUUUAGCCCGCCAGCGCUGCGUGCCCCGCCGAACACGCUGCGCCAGAUUGUCGCCUCGGUGGGCCGGGUGGGCAACCAGGUGUACGACGCAGUCAGCGGCCGGAAGCGCGGCGGCCGGGGCCAGCAUCAGCGGCUGCGCACGGACGACGAGGAGGCGCUUGGCGACGACGCACCGCCCCUGCACGCGCCGCCCUUGCACACGCCGCCCCUGCACACGCACGCAAACGGGCGUCGCUGCUCGCUCGACGAGCCGCAGCAUCUGCCAGCUGUGCAGAGCAACCGCACGCCGCCGCAGCCUGUCUCGGUCGCAGUGGACACGGCGCUGCCGGAUGUUCCCAGUGCUGUGCGCCACUCGCCGACAAAGGCCAGCCAGCCGGCCUUUCGACCGGCGCCACUGCCGCGCUUCCACACGUCCAUCUUUGACCGGACCGCAUCGCCCGCCCCGGCGAGCCUCACGCGGGCCGAGACGCUUCCGGCGCUCCCCGUCUUUGACACGCCGAUGAGCGUGAAUGACGCCUCGGUGCAGCGCUUCGUCCUCACCGACGGAGAGCCAGAUUCGCCUGUGAUUGAGCGGUCGCGCUCCGUGCGGUCCGCAAUGCCCAGCGGCGGGAAUAACGAGCCUGCUGCGGCAGCGAUAGACAGCGAAAGCGACGACGGGGCGCAAGCACGAUCGCCUCAAGAGACUCGAUCGCCGCGCGACCACUCGCUGCAACGCCUGCGCACGAUUCAGUCGCAACGCCGCACGCCGACACGGCGCCGCGCACCGGCGCAGGGCAGCCCCGUCAUCAGCCCCAUUCAGCUGCGCGCGCCGAAUCCGAGCUACGCCGACCUGCUCGACUUUGCUGCCGAGGCCGAGAACGAUGCUGGCGACGAGGACGAGGAGGAGAGUGUGCCCGAUGACGAGCCCCUGUCGCCGUGCACCCUCCCGAGGCUGGACAGCCGUGUGCUGGCGCGCAAGCGCACGCUCAAGCUGCAGGACCAGGCGGUGGAGCCGGCAGCCGAAGCGCGCGAGGAGCCCUUGCUGGAGGCUCCCGGCCACACACGCUGGCAGAGCGACUCUUCGACGGGCUCAUACGACACGCGGCGCGGCAGCUCUUCGAGCGACGUGCCCUCCCUCGUCAGCUGCGGCAACAGCUCGUCGGAGGAGAGCUCGGGCGUGCCGUCCGACGCCGCGCCGAUCGAUACUGACACGCUGAGCCGUGCGCGAGGCGCUCUCCACCGCGCCGAGAGCUUCAAGAGCCUGCAUGGCGCAGAGCUUGUCGGCGAGGACUUUCUCACCGCCCUCGCUGUGCUCGAUGCGAGCCGGGUCGAUCCUGCCAUCGUGGAAGUGUCGCUCGUCGGCGCACCGGCCGUCCACGUCACGCCGCGCCGGGGCACGGUGCGCACGAGCAAGGUCGCGACCCCGCCCGUCAAGCAAAGCCACUCGGCGGUGCAGUCCCCGGCGACGCCUCAGGGGCGCGGCAAGCCUGCCGUGCACACCACGCCGACGCCGCAGUCGCCGGCCACGCCGCUCGGCCGCAGCAAGACGUGGACCAAGACUGGCGGGCGCUGGCAGUGCCUCGAAGACGCCGCAGCCAGUCAGCCGUCUACACCUACUGCGCCUGCGGUCGCCUCGCCUCUAAUCGCCUCGCCCCGGCCGCUGCCCACGCCGCCGGUCUCGCGCGGCUCGCCUGUGCGCCGAGCGCAGGCAUCGCCGCUCGUUGCGUCGCCGAGCUCGCCGGCCAGUCUUGCCGCGUGUCUGUCCAGCCCUCCGCGAACAGCGGUGCGGCAGCACAGCAACCUCUUUAUGGCCUCACCGAGCCGCACUCGCGACACUCCGAGGCUGGCACUGCAGGAGGGCCGCACGGCGUCGAGUCUCGUCGAUGCGGCCGACGACGCCCCGGAUUCCGUGGCUUCGCCCAGCGUCGGCCUUGCCUCGCCCAAGCGGCGCGCCGCCGUCGCGCGUCGCCCGCCGAAGCGGUACCAGGCGGCGCUUGCCAGCGGCGAUGGAUCCGAGCGAUCGGAGUCGCUAGUGCGCACCCGCAGCCUUGGCGCGUCGUCCGUCGCCAGCUCUUGCGCCUCUCCCGUGCCGGGCCGAUCGCGAGCAGGCAGCGAGGCCGGCAGCCAGUCCGGCGCGCGCCUCGGCACGCCGCGCGAGCGCGAGGAGCGCCGUGUGGCUGCGAUGAGUGCCGUGAACAGCAUCAUCGCCGAAGGGCUCGCGCAGCGGCAGCAGAGCCCGUCGUCGCCGGCGUACCGCGCCUCGCCGGCCCCGUUUCGUCUCGCACCUGUAUGACGCCCAUCUUAUGUUCCGGCUCUGUCAGCGCGCACCUGCGUGCCGAGCCACGACUCAUGACCCCGCAAUGUCACUCUGUGAUGCACGCG